AUGGUCAGAAGCAGUCUCUUGCUGCCGCUUCUUGCGGCGGCUUCCGCCGUCCAGGGCAAGCUCGCCGCCCCAAAGACCGUUGCCGGUGCCUUCAUUAUUGAAUUGGACGACAGUCAGGACACUUCCGACUUCUACGCCGACAUCGACGCCGACGUCGAAACCGUCACCCGCAUGAACCUGAACUACACUCUGUUCAAGGGCGCGUCGAUCCAGUUCACAAACCUGGACAAUGCCGAAGCGAAGGCCGCCAGGCUGGCUCGGCUCCCCUCGGUCAAGAACAUGUGGCCUGUCCGCACCUACAGCAUCCCUGAACCUGAGGUUAUCUGGACCGGCCAGCAAGGCCGUGACUACAUCGACCUGAAGAAGCGUCAAUUGGGCAACGACACCUUCUCGACACACGUCCAGACCCAGGUUGACAAGCUUCACCGCAACGGCGUCACCGGCAAGGGUAUCAAGGUCGGUAUCAUCGACACCGGUAUUGACUACCUUCACCCGGCUCUCGGCGGCUGCUUCGGCCCCGGCUGUCUCGUUAGCUACGGAUACGAUUUGGUUGGUGACGCCUACGACGGCUUCAACGAGCAGGUCCCCGACCCUGAUCCCAUGGACUGCGGUGGUCACGGAACCCAUGUUGCCGGCAUCGUCGCCGCUCAGUCUAACCCCUUUGGAUUCCUUGGUACCGCUCCUGGCGUUACCCUCGGUGCCUUCAGAGUCUUUGGCUGUGAUGGCCAAGCCGGCAACGAUGUCCUGAUCGCUGCCUACAACCGCGCUUACGAGGCGGGCAGCGACAUCAUCACCGCCUCCAUCGGUGGCCCCUCCGGCUGGACUGACGAGCCCUGGGCCGCCGCCGUCUCCCGAAUCGUCGACGCCGGUGUUCCUUGCACUGUCUCCGCCGGUAACUCUGGUGACCAGGGUGUCUUCUUUGCCUCUACCGCCGCCAGCGGCAAGCACGUUACCGCCAUCGCUUCUUUCGACAACGCCAUCACCCCCGCCAUUCUGAUCGAGAACUUUUACACCAUUGCCGGUGGCGCGCCCAGCAAGUUCUCUUACACCCCGGGUGAGCCUUCUGAGUGGGCUGGUGUCGAGCUUCCUCUCUGGACGCCCACCACCGACUCUACCUCGACCGCCGCUCUUGGCUGCGACCCCUACCCCGCCGACACCCCUGACCUGAGCGGCAAGAUCGUCCUCGUCAAGAGAGGCACUUGCACUUUCGUCGUCAAGGCCCAGAACGCCGCUGCUGCCGGUGCCAAGUACCUCAUGCUCUAUAACAACAUUGCCGGUGCCACCUCUGUUACCGUCACUACCGUCCCUGAGAUCUUGGCCGGUGCUGUUUGGCUCAAGGCUAUCGCUGCUGGCUCGGAAGUCGUUCUCCAGAUGACGGACCCUACUGAGGCCGAGCAGAUCCUUACCGAGGCCGUCAACACCGCCACUGGAGGUUCCGUCUCUAGCUUCAGCUCCUGGGGCCCUAACUGGGAUGCCCACCAGAAGCCUCAGUUUGGUGCCAUCGGAGGCAACGUCCUCUCUCUGUACCCCAGAGCCCUUGGUUCCUACGCCGUUCUCUCCGGAACUUCCAUGUCCUGCCCCCAGACGGCCGGUAUCAUAGCUUUGAUCGCCGAGGUUCGCAAGACCUUAGACCCCGCCACCAUUGAGAACCUCCUGUCCGCCCACGCCAACCCGGUCAAGUUCAACUACGGCACUGGCCCUGAAGAGCUCCUUGCCCCUGUCCCCCAGCAAGGUGCUGGUCUUGUUCAGGCCUACGAUGCUGCUUACUCCUCCGUCAUCCUCAGCACCUCCAGCCUUUCUUUCAACGACACUGACCACUUCAUCCCUGAGCUCAACUUCACCAUCAAGAACACUGGCACUGCAGAUGUCUCCUAUGACCUGAGCAACGUCGGCGCUGCUACUGCCUACACCUUCGCUGCUGCUGGCGACCUGUUCCCUGCUGUCUUCCCCAACGAUCUUUCAGACGAGUACGCCACCUUGGCCUUUAGCGAGGACAAGGUCUCUGUCCCCGCCGGCGGAGAGGCCACAAUCUUGGUCACCCCUACUCCCCCUAAGCUCGAUGCCGGCCGCUUGCCCGUCUGGUCCGGCUAUAUCGCCCUCAACGGCUCGGACGGCUCCAGCUUGUCACUGCCUUACAUGGGCAUUGCCGGCAGCCUCCACAGCCACGUCACGCUGGACCAGGCUCUGAUGACCACCUCGACCAGCGCCGCGGCCACGGUCUACGAUCCCGUUCCCAGCAACUACACCUACGUCCUGCCUCCCCCGGGCACCGCCAACGCGACCGAUGCCAUCGUUCCGGCCCUCGCUGUCAACAUGGCCUUCGGCUCUGCCAUUGUCCGUGCUGACCUGGUGCCUCUCACCACCUGCCCUCCCAACGCUACCAAGGAGGUCUUGGGCACCACGACUCUCGGCCAGCCCCGCUCUUUCCCCCAACUGUACGUCUCCCGCGGCAUCUUCUCCGUCGACUGGGACGGCCAGCUGGACGAUGGCAGCUACGCCCCUGCCGGCAAGUACAAGUUCGCCAUCAAGGCUCUGCGCGUCUUCGGUGAUGCGUCCAAGAUUGAGGAGUACGAUACCACCGAGACCGAGCCUUUCCGUAUCAUCUACGGAGCUGUCAACGCGACUGCCCCUGCGAGACAUUAA